AUGGAGUCUGAGUCAUCUGCCUCGGUGACUGUCAACGCCAUGGCCGCGAUUUCGUCUGCUUUGCGGUCCGAAGCCGUCAAGAUCCAGUGCUGCUGUGGCCGGCCCGACUGCGUGUUUCUGAAGCACAACUGCUCUGUUCUCGAGAGCGUCGAAAAGGAUGUCCACACUGCUGCGAAAAUGGGCCAGGUUCUUCUGGCGCGCCACGAAGCCUAUAUGGCAGACGCCGAACGCGAUCGCACCGAGCUGACGAGCCGAAUCGAUCAACUCGAAACCGACAAGAGGGGCCUCGAGGCUGACAAUGCCAAAACAAUCGAGGAGAACCGCAUGCUGCUCGACCAGUUGGAGGCACUCAACUCAACCGUGACCGAUGCAGAGGUUCAGAUCACGACUCUCGAGGCGGCCUUGCGUUCUUCCCAAUUGAGUGUCAGAAGACUGGAGGGUGCUGCAGCCCGGGCGGCAGAGCUGGAGAAAGAACUGGAAUACCUGGAGCGGGAACAGGAAAAGAUUCAAAACGACCUCUUGAGCUCUCAGCGUGACGCACGCUCAGCAAUACAAAGAUGGAAGACUGCCGAACGUGGGAUUUCCAACCUUCAGGAUCAGCUAGAGCGCAUUGAACGCGAGGCUUCACAGGAGCGCGAGCGACAUGCCGAAGUUGUAGAGAGGCUUGAGCGGCAGAGCGCCAUGGAGAAGGACCUCACAGCUGCGGCUGGUCGACUCAAGGGCGCCGCCGCAACCAAGAGCCUUGGUGAUGGGAAAACCACGAACCCGGCAGUGUCACACUUUGUGCGAGAUCUUCUGCAAGACAAUGCGAAUCUGCAGUUGGGCAUUGCCGAGCUUCGGGAGCUUCUCGCCAGCAGCAAUGACGAGAUACAGAUGCUUAGAGAGCAACUGGUGUACCAUCAACCAAUCGCUGAAGGCGAGGCCAGCGCUGCUUCGACUCUAAGAGCUGAGCUGGGGCCCCGGGAGUAUGAACUGAACAGUGAAACACCAACUCGAAAGCCAUCUGUGCAUCGGCACGCCCCCAAGCUGUCGCAGGAGCUACAUAUUCACCACCAUUACCACGUCAAGCCUGACGCAAAGAAGCCCAAGAAGAAGCGCCACGGACUGAGUGCGAGCAUCUUUAGCCCUCCCAUGAGAUCGCCUUCAACCCCUCCAGGUGGACAAUGGCAAAUGAACCAAGGGUCGCCCGCGCCUGCACUCUUGUCACACGGGUAUAGAGAUUCGGUUUCGACGGUACCCUCAAACAGAUGGUCUGUCUUUUCGGAAAACAUGUCAGAUGCUGCCAUCUCAUCGGUACCAACGUCUCCCCGUUCCAACAACCGGGAUUCAAUGUUUGACCGCAGUAUUCUGGAGGGAUCAUGCCCCACAUCCCCAGUUACUUCGACUGAUCCCAGGUCACCUGGGUUCGAGAAUGCAUAUCGUCAGGGUCCAUCUGAUCAUUCAGCCCACAGCUUCCAACCGUCGCAUCUUCCUUUGCUUGGCAAAAGCUCGGACGGAAAAGCUGCUGUCAGUCUUUCGUCGACUCCAAUACAGUCAAACAAUGUUGACUCUUUUGGAGCCGACUCUCAGGCAACGCCCGAUCGUCUUACUGAUAGUCCAGUGGAUACGUCACCUUCACCGGAAUCUACCCGGACGUCCCCCCUUGCGCUUACAGUGUCUACCAGUGCCACUUUGGACGAUACAGAGGACAACUCAUCCAUUACGCCAACAUCAACAGUUGGCGGACCACCGGUUUAUCGAAAAGUCCACCGUGCUGCCUCUCACGAAUCCAUCAUGUCGCUGUCGGGCGGGUUAGACAUCCACACGCUCAAGACAAGGCCGAGCCAGCUUACGUUGAGGCACCUCGGCACCAUGGCCUCGGCAGACACUGGGCUCAGCGCGGUGACGGCGAGCCCGACAAUAUCCAGAGUCGUGACCAGCAACGGCAAGCCUGGAAGCGCGGCUCUCCGAGACAGUCUCUCGAUUGGUUUACCGAUGCCAAGGACCCGUGUUGUUUCGGCGGGCGUGUCCGGGUCUUCUGCCACAUCGACCCUCACGAGCUUUGCUACUCCUCGUCAGCCCACGUCGGCACUAGGAAGGUUUGCUGCAUGGCGACUGUGGGGAGGAUCUAGCUCGUCAUCUUCGACGCCAUCGUCGACAGCUCCCGUACCUGCGAUUCAAGAAUCUGUUGUGACGACCGUCCAAGAUGUGACAGCAACGCCAAAGUCGCCUCUGACGCCGGCAUCUCUGGGCUCGUCGUCCAAAUCGCCACGGGAACAACAGCAAAGAGACUUUUCGAGACCGGCAGGGAUCAACCAGGCUGGUGCUAUACCUGGCUUUCAAGAAUACUUUGCAGCUCAUCAGCGGAGGGCGCCCCCGAGUAAGGUCACACCCGAUGUUGUCGACCGUGAUGCGUUGAGAGAGGUGCUUAAUGGGGAAUGA